CUCUGCGUCAUUGGCACAGCGGGACCGCCGCUGAGGGACGAGUGCCCGCCAGGACUGCUGGCGCUAGGCGGCAAAUUAGAGCUUUACGGUCAUGAGGAGGCCACUGAUCGUGCCCUGUUUGUGAGGCAGGAGGGCUCCGAGAGGGCGGUGACGAUGGCUUAGCCAUGAUAGAGGACCAAAGAGGACGCCGGGACGAGAUAUCAAGCUCCUUCUCUUCUUCGAAGGUCUUCUCAUACACUCUCAAUUCUGCAUCGCAACAGUUGAAUACUUCUUCCUCUUCAUCAUCUUUACUUGAACACUUCAUCUCUUCUCAAUACGCUACCUAACUAGCGUGCUACCACUAUGUCUAGUUCCUGGUACUGCUGCCAGUGCGGCGAUGGUGCAAAUACCUCUAUGAUGUCUUCAUGCCCCAUUUAUGGGUGUGGUCAUAGGAGGUGUGGUUGCUGCCAGUACUCUUACAACAACAACAACUACGCACACUCCCCUAGCCAACAACACGCCGCACCUCUUUCAAAGGGAUCUUCCUCUUCGAAUUUAAGCAGUUCGUACUACACGCAGCGCCCUGAGCGCCCGAAGAUUUGGCGGUGGAUUUGCUGUAGGUGCGGCGGAGACAACAGCUACAAGAUUGAUCAGGGAUGUGCUACUUGCUGCAACCACUGGCGCGAUGAUAAGUGCACGUUGUAUGAUGCCAGUGCUCGAUAAUUUGAUCUGAGUGGAUCUUUGGGAAAACCUUCAUGAGGAAUGGUUGUGUUUUUGAUGAUGCUAGCGAUGGAUUGGAUGCAUGGGAGGCGUUUUGAACGGGCAAGGAUCGGCGUUAAGGAUUUAUUUUUUGGGUAGUCUUUCUUUGGAUUUCUUUUUAGGUUGGUUGGAGAGACGUCUUGUUGUAAGAUACUGUACGCACUAUUUUUUAUUUUACUCUUCCAU